CGGGAGUAGAUUACGAAUUUGAAGGUGAAAAAUAUCACGCUCCGGACCAAGAUAUUAAGGGUCACACUAUUCGAAAUUAUAAAAUUAUUUCUCCUCAGUUGCAAAAAGUAGUGCAAAAGUAUUUAAGUCAACAAAUUGCUAUUUUUAUGCAAUUUGAUUUUGAAGAACAAGUAUAUAUCAGUGAAAGAAUAAGACCGGAUAAUGUCGGACAAAAUUGA